AUGGAAUGUACUCAUACCUGCACCAUGAAGUCAACAGCGGUUUUCAUGCUGCUCAGUGGCAUUGCCAUGCUGUUGCAGUUACCAGUGGACUGCGAAUUAUGCCCAGCUGUGUCUGAAGAUGUCUAUGCAUUUAUUAACGGCACAUCUGAACAAUACUUAGAUAUAGUAGAGAAACACACGACAAAGAAAGCAAUUAUAGAAAAUGCCAAAAUACUGAAAGAAUGUGUUGAUUCAAAACUGACAAAGGAAGACAAGGAUGCUGCUGUCAACUUAGUGACAAAAAUAAUCAACUUUUGUAAAUUAAAACCGAAGAGCACCUGAAUGUCUGACUGGAUCUCAAAUCUUCACACUUGGCAACUGACCUGAGAAGAUGCAAAGCCCUUGAAUCAAUAGUGCUUCCUCUACCCAGUGCUCCUUUUCCCCUCACAUGGGGUGCAAAAUGGCAGCUGGCAUAAGAAUCUUUUCAAUAAACUCCCUGCAAUUCA